UUAAUCCCAGAGUCCGGAAGAAGUUCACCCGUAUAAUUUCGCAUCAUUUAGAAGAUAAAAGCCCUUUAUCUGUGUUCAAAUAGAUAACAUUUUUCGUACUUGUCCUUGACCUUGGACAUAACAAACUAAAAACAAACUCCAUCAAAAUUAUAAAACAUCCACACCUCACUAAAUUCAUUCCAGUGUCUACCUAGUAGCAGCUAUGAGAUCACUACUUCCGUUUGUGUUAGCAUCCGUUCUCGUACUCCAGGUUCGUUCCGCCAAACAGGAACUUCCAGGAACUCUUAUAUCUGCAUUGGAUACCGGUAUUUCAACGGCCGCUUCUCGUACUACAUGCGAUGGAGAGAACUUCUACAGCACUUGCAGCGACUGCAACACUAUUCUGGGCUGUAUUGGUCCCAUUUCGGACGCCAGAGAUUGCACAACAAUUGCCCCUGGUAAGCCGUACUGCGUGAAUGGAGCUUGUUCCGCUGUUCGUUCAAGCAAUGGUGACUGCUCGACAUCAUCGUUCACGUGUACCAAUGCUGGGUAUUUCCCAGAUCCUUUCAACUGCGUCAUUUACCAUUACUGCGACAAGGCGCUCGAACCUUCCACCAUCUACCAGUGUCCUCCAAGGUACGUUUAUAAUCCGGCAACGCACAUGUGCCGUCAGGCUUCCAAGAAUACGGACUGCGUCACGGUGGAUUGCGACGUGGAUGAACUCUUUGUGCCGUACGGAAACAGCAAAACCUACUACGCGUACUGUCAGUAUGAUGGAAUGGAGGUGUCCAACAUUUACAUGUUCAAAUGCGUGGACUAUGCGAAGUUCGAAGGAACCGGGUGCGUGUUCGUUUGCCCAAGGGAAGGCAAUUUCACCCAUCCGGAUCCGCGGAAGUACUACCAGUGCUAUUACUCAAGAUCCAAGCUUGUUGCCAGCGAGAAACAGUGCAGCAGAGGGAAGUAUUUCGAUAACGCGUUGAAGUUGUGUGCUGUUCCGUCAACGACUUAGGGAGUUAUUUGAUACAGAUGAUGGCCAUGGAAAGCACAUGGAAUGAACCUUAAUUCAAGCGGAAUGAGAAAUGUUGGCAGUAUCACGAUGGAUAGGCCAGGAGAAGUGAAUGAACUUCUCAUUCAUUUACUUGUCAAUUUUCAUACAAAACCUACUUUUUCUCUGCUAUAAAUUCACUCUAGGUUAAUCAUUUGUCCUGGCCUAUUGUGGCAAAACAAUAGUCAGAAGUGCUCAAUCCAGUAGCUUUGCAAUAUCUUCGACAGACUAGCAACGUUGUUAGAGGCUUUUUGCCAGGUGUGUUUUCAAUAUUCAAGGGCCGAACAACAAAGUGGUAAGAGAGAGCCGAAGAAGCUUCUUCCUUAGAAUAAGUUUUGAGAAAUAAAAAACAAUAUUCAAACGUAGAUAGCACAUGAAGCUUGUUCAUAACCUGUAGCUUAAUAAAGCACAUUUCUGUUAAUAAACUACACUACACCACGCUUACAUUACAUUACGGAUUCCGGUGAAAUCUCAACAGUUGAAUUGUUCGGUAAUGUAAAUCAGGGGGUUUGUUUUGAUAUAUCUUAUCUCUUUGCUUCG